AUGAGGAUCAAUACCAUGCACUACACGGUAGUAGUACUGGUGAUCCUACUGGGAGGAGGAUCGCUGGCGAAUGCGGCCAACCAGAAGGAUGUGCUAAGGGCCUUCAUCAAAUCGAGGGCCCAGACGCGCGCGGACGGGCCUGGGGAGCCGGACCCGUGGGCCGACCCGAUCAGCAGCUUCCGCCACCUGCCCGCCAAGUGCGACGCCCCGCCGGCGGGCACCAGGGAGGCCGACAGGAUCGCGGCGCUGCCCGGCCAGCCCCCGCGCGUCAACUUCGACCAGUACUCCGGCUACGUCACCGUGAGCGAGGAGUACGGCCGCGCGCUCUUCUACUACUUCGUCGAGGCCCCCUACGAGGCCGCCUCCAAGCCGCUCGUGCUCUGGCUCAACGGCGGGCCCGGCUGCUCGUCGCUCGGCUCCGGCGCCAUGGCGGAGCUCGGCCCGUUCCGUGUGAACCCCGACGGGAAGACGCUGAGCAGAAACAGGCAUGCCUGGAACAAUUUGGCAAAUGUGAUCUUCCUGGAGUCGCCGGCAGGCGUCGGGUUCUCCUACUCGAACGCAUCGAUACCGAGCGGCGACACGAGGACUGCAGUGGACGCCUACAUGUUCCUGCUCCACUGGCUUGAGAGGUUCCCCGAAUACAAGGGCCGCGACUUCUACAUCUCCGGGGAGAGCUACGCCGGACACUACGUCCCCCAGCUCGCCGCCGUCAUCCUCGCCCUCCGCGAACUCGGUGCCACGAACAUGAACCUCAAGGGCAUCUUCGUCGGCAAUCCGCUGCUCGAUAAGUCCAAUAACUCAUAUGGAUCGUUAGAGUUCCUGUGGAGCCACGGGGUGAUCUCCGACGAGGUGUGGGCCAACGUUAACGGGCCGUGCAACUCCGGGCAGAGCAGCGGGUGCGACGACUCGUUCGAUGAGGGCGACAUCGAUACGUACAACAUUUACGCCCCGGUCUGCAUCCAGUCGCCAGACGGGAGUAUCCACCCCAGCAGCUACUUGCCAGGCUAUGAUCCGUGCAUCGAUGCCUAUAUCGACGCCUACCUCAACAAUCCUGAGGUGCAGAAGGCUAUGCAUGCUAGAACCAACACCGAUUGGUCAGAGUGCUCAGAGUCAUUGAACGGCUGGACCGAUUCCCCAGUUUCCAUGAUGCCAACCAUCGGUCGGCUUGUUGACAAGGGAUUAAGAGUCUGGAUCUACAGUGGUGACAUGGAUGAUGCGUGCCCGAUUACCGCGACGAGGUACGCUACUGCUACCCAGACCAAAAGAACAACAAAAGAUUUAGAAGAUAAAUGGAUGAGUAUAUGGGUGCAUGGCGAGUAUACUUCCAAGAUGAUGAUGAUGUUCCGGUCCAUGUGCAAGUACGACUGGAACAACCUGGCUAACGUGAUCUUUCUUGAGUCGCCUACCGGCGUGGGGUUCUCCUACGCGAGCAACAACUCGAACAACAACAACAACAACAUUGGCGACCCCAGAAUCGCCGAGGACGUGUUCGUCUUCCUGCUCAAACGGCUGGAGAGGUUCCCAGAGUAUAAGGGCCGUGACUUCUACAUCGCCGGAGAGAUCUAUGGCGGCCACUACGUCAUGUAG